AUGAUUGAAACCAAAACCCAACUUCAGAAUCAGAGCGCUUCUAUUCAAAACUUAGAGGUGCAAGUAGGCCAAAUAGCUAAUAUAUUGCGUGGAGGAAACCAAGGAGUAUUGCCAAGCCAACCCGAGAUUAAUCCAAAAAUUCAAGAACAUGUGAAGGCGAUCACACUUCGAAAUGGGAGACCCAUCAAAACAGCUGUAGAUUUGGACGUACAAAAGCACCACCAGCAGUUGAGAAAUACUGAAAAGGCUUAUGAAAAUAGCCUUUCUACAGCCGGAUCACCGCAACUCGCUGCCGUGAGCUCCACAGAAAAUUCAACAAAAACUGUGCAAUCAGCAUCCACAAAUCUCACUCCAAAAUCCUAUGUUCUGCCAAUUUCUUUUCCGCAACGCCUUAAGAAAAAUAAUAAGGAUGUACAACUCUCCAAAUUUCUUGAAAUUUACAAGAAAUUGCAAAUUACCAUUCCAUUUAGCGAAUUAGAGCAAAUGCUGAACUAUGGAAAGUUCCUCAAGGAAAUCUUAGGUAAAAAUAGACGUUUGGAAGAUACUGAGAUGGUGAAAUUGACGGAGGAGUGUAGCGCAAUGACGGAUAGAUCACUUACAUAUCCUCACGGCAUUCUUGAGGAUGUACUGGUGAAGGUGGAUCGCUUUAUAUUCCCAGCUGAUUUCAUAGUUUUAUAUAUGGAAGAAGAUGUCGACACUUCAAUUAUUUUAAGCCGUCCAUUCCUCAUUACGGGAAGAAUGAUAAUUGACAUAGAAAAAGAAGCAGUGGAUCAUGUUGUUCAACGACAAUUCAUAGCGGACUACCCAAUAGAUCCCCUAAAAGCAAGUUUGGUUCAUGAGAUAGAGGUAGGAGAGGAGCCACACAUGCUCGAAAUGAUGAACUCGUUGGAAACCAAGGCCAUCCCAAGCACUAUUGCCUCCCCAGCCCUCACUUUGAAAAGAUACUUGAAAGCAAAUUUCAAUCAACAAAUGGAGACCUUCGCUCUCCAUGAUCCUGGGUGA